AUAUUUUAUGCAAAGCAUUAAGAAUAGCCCUGAUAUUUUGUCUGACAAGACUAAAAAGAAAGUUCAAGAAAGUUAUUUUUCUCUACAAGAGAGAUUACGAAAGUUAGAGAACGAUUUUUUUGUCACCAAGGAAAAGUUGAAGAUGUAUGGCUCGAAAGACUGUUCCGAAAAUAGUGAUUGGAUAUUAUUGAAUGAAUAUUUACUAACUUACCAGGCUCAAAUCGCUGUAUUAAAAGACAAAAUGUUAGCCGUUAGCCGUGAGGCUGAUAAAACUAUUACUUAUCGAUUAUUAGAGACUGGGGAGGAGAAAACAGUCCAAUUAACAAAUGGGGAAACCGAUCCGGAUCAGGGCAUAAUUUCCCGAGUUAGUCCGCUGGGAAUGGCUCUCAACAAUAAAGAAGUUGGUGCGAUAGCCGAAUCAAGUGUUGACCAAAAGUUCGCUCUCGGAAGUAAUUGGCAAAGAGCAGUCUCAGCCGAAGGGAAAGAAAAAUUGAGAAGAAAUCUAUUUACUGCCGCUUUCUCAACCCCCAAAAAGUCUACUUUUCAGUUUAUAGUUGGUAUUCCUCCGGUAAUUGGCGGCGAGGCUAGAUUAGCUCGCAUAAUUGAUUAUCUUUACACCCAAAGCGACCAAAUAAUUAAUUUCAGCAAAAAGGAGUAUUUAAGUUUGGGACCACUUCGCAUAAUUACCCUGCAAAAUAGUUAUAAGAAUGAAAAAUUUCUCUCUCAUUUGUCUGGCAAGUUUUUAACUCUUAAUAAUGGUUGUGUCCUCGAUUUUCCCACUCAGAAAAUUUCCUCGCUGAAAGUCAAAAAAUCCCUAAUAAGUUUGGAUGAAAUAUUAAUUGAACAAAGGAGUAAUUUAGGUCAAAGCGGAGCAAAAGAUAAUAAAUUACAAUUAAAGGAAGUAAAAGUUGAACCGCUGGCUAUCAGUUCUGGCUUAAAUGUUCCCAAAUUAGUUACCAAAAUAAAGAGUUGA